AUGGCGGCUGCAACUCCUCCCGAUAUGGAGAAUUUUGUGGUCGGCCUGAUUGGCAUGGGCGACAUGGGCAAGAUGUACGCCCGGAGACUGAGCACCGCUGGAUGGAGAGUUAUGGCCUGCGAUAGAGAAGAAAAAUACGAUGAUCUAGUCAAGGAGUUUCCAGAGAAUAGCAACGUGCAGAUUCUCCGCAACGGGCAUCUCGUGUCGCGAGCCAGCAACUACAUCAUUUAUAGUGUUGAGGCGGCCGCUAUUGGCCGUGUCGUCUCCCAGUUUGGUCCAUCUACUAAACUGGGCGCCAUCGUGGGCGGCCAGACGUCGUGUAAGGACCCCGAGAUCAAGGCGUUCGAGGAGUACCUGCCGAGCGACGUAGACAUUGUGUCGUGCCACUCGCUCCACGGCCCGAGUGUCGACUCACGGGGACAGCCGCUCGUGCUCAUCAAGCACCGCGCCUCGGACGAGUCAUUCGCCAGGGUCGAGACGGUUCUGCGGUGUCUAGGGUCUACUCACGUCUACUUGACGGCCAAGGAGCACGACCGCAUUACGGCCGACACGCAAGCCGUCACGCAUGCGGCCUUCCUGAGCAUGGGAAAGGCGUGGCACGCCACCAAGCAGUUUCCUUGGGAGGGAGCGCGUUACGUCGGCGGCAUCGAGAACGUCAAGAUCAACCUCAUGCUCCGCAUCUACGCCCAAAAGUGGCAUGUAUACGCAGGGCUGGCCAUCCUCAACCCCGAGGCACAUAAGCAGAUUAACCAGUUCGCCAAGUCCACGACAGAACUGUACCACCUGAUGCUCGAGGGCCGGCGCGAUGAGCUGCGCGACCGCGUCUACGCCGCCAAGGAGAAGGUGUUUGGCGCCGAGGGCAAUCCCAAGUGGGCGGCCCAGCCGCUGCUGCGCGACGACGUGCUCGACCGCUUCAGUCUGGGCAAGCGCCCCGACAGCCCACCGCUGCCCAACAACCACCUCAGCCUGCUGGCCAUGGUCGACUGCUGGAGCGCCCUGGGCAUCGUGCCCUACGACCACAUGAUCUGCUCCACCCCGCUCUUCCGCCUGUGGCUCGGCGUCACCGAGCACGUCUACCGCACCCCCGGCCUACUCGACGAGUGCCUACGCGUCGGCCUCGACGACAACACGUUCCGCCGCGACGACCUGCACUUUACCAUUGCCGCCUGCGGCUGGGCCGAGUGCGUCGCGCUCCGCCAGUUCGAGACGUGGCGUGAGCGCUUCGCCGUCACCCAGAAGUUCUUUGAGCCGCGCUUUGCCGGCGCCAUGGAGGUGGGCAAUGCCAUGAUUAAGUCCGUUCUCGAGAGCUCCAAGGAGUGA